AUGGAACGUCGUCUUGGGAAUAAGUACAGACUUGGCCGGAAAAUCAGUAGUGGCUCAUUCGGAGAGAUUUACCUCGGAACUGAUGUUCAGACUAACGAAGAGGUCGCUAUAAAGCUCGAAAAUGCGAAAACUCGGCGUCCGCAAUUGUCGUAUGAGUCGAAGAUAUAUAGGAUUCUUCAAGGUGGAACUGGUAUACCAAACAUGAGAUGGUAUGGUAUCGAAGGGGACUGCUACAAUGUUUUGGUAAUGGAUUUGCUUGGUCCAAGCCUUGAAGAUCUGUUUAGCUUUUGCAACAAGAAAUUUACCUUGAAGACAGUUCUUAUGUUAGCUGAUCAGAUGAUAAACCGACUCGAGUUUAUCCAUUCGAAGUCGUAUGUUCAUCGCGAUUUAAAGCCAGGUAAUUUACUCAUGGGUGUAGGAAGUCGGGCAAAUCAGCUCUACCUCAUAGACUUUGGCUUGGCUAAGAAAUAUAGAGACAGCUUGACCUACAAACAUGUCGAAUACAGGGACAAUAAAUGUCUAAUUGGGACUCCGCUUUAUGUUAGCUUUAACACGCACCUAGGUAUCGAGCAAAGUCGAAGGGAUGAUAUGGAAUCGCUAGGUUAUAUCUUCAUGUACUUCCUCAAGGGAAGUCUUCCAUGGCAGGGGCUGAAAGCUGAGAAGAACAAGAAACAGAAAUACACUAGGAUUAGGGAAGUGAAGGUUUCUACUUCCAUCGAAGCCUUAUGCAAAGGUUAUCCAGUAGAGUUUGCAUCCUACUUUCAUUAUUGCCGCUCGCUUAGGUUUGAUGAUAAGCCAGACUAUGCAUAUUUGAAGAGACUAUUCCGCGACCUUUUUAUUCGUCAAGGUUUUCAGUAUGAUUUUAAGUUUGACUGGAUGGUAGUCGGGUAUUCAUCAAGACGAGUUGUGGACUCUGGUAGUCGUGAACCAUUAUUCAGUGGCAGGGGUGACAAUGCAAACUAUGAAACCGCACUCAAUGGUAUUAAUGGUUUGCGGAUCAACUACAAUGAAGGCGGUGAGACGGCUGCAUCUGUAUAA